AUGGAGGACCAUAAAUCCCCAUCUGUUGAUGGAUCUACGCCAACAGCCAGCAAUACAGAAAUUCACCAAGUGGACGACGAAAAGCACACAUUCCAUGAAAAGACCGAUCUUGAGGCAGGGCCCCGAACGGACGAGACUACCCUAGAAAAGGAUGAAAAUUCCCGGGAUCCUAAUAUCGUUGACUGGGAUGGACCUAAUGACCCCGAAAAUCCUCUCAAUUGGACGACAAAACAAAAGAUAAGCGCAACGGUUUCUAUCGCGCUGAUCACCUUUCUAACGCCUCUCGGAUCAUCAAUGUUCGCCCCGGGUGUUGGGCAACUGGUCAAGGAUUUCGAGAUCACCAGUACGGAACUGAGCUCUUUCGUCGUUUCUGUCUAUCUUCUCGGGUACUGCUUCGGUCCUCUUCUCAUCGCACCUAUCUCGGAGAUGUAUGGGAGACGCUGGGUCUACAACUUUUGCAACAUCUUCUACGUGAUAUGGACGAUUACCUGCGCCGUCGCACCGGACAUUGGCAGUCUAGUUGUGUUUCGCUUCUUCGCCGGCUGCGUGGGUAGCUGCCCUUUGACCAUCGGCGCUGGGUCAAUCGCGGAUAUGUUCGUUCAGGAACAUAGAGGUAGUGCAAUGGCGGCCUGGGCUAUUGGGCCCCUGAUUGGACCUGUUGUUGGUCCCGUUGCGGGCGGAUAUCUUGCCCAGGCGAAGGGUUGGAGGUGGACCUUUUGGGUUCUGGCCAUGGCCAGCGGUGCUGUCGCUGUCUGCUCACUCCUUACCAUAAAGGAAUCAUACGCACCAACCCUCCUGGCCCGCAAAACAAAGAGACUGCAGAAAGAAACUGGUAACAAGGACUUACGUUCUGCCCUUGACACCGGUCGCUCACCCAAGGAUCUCUUUCUUUUCUCAAUUAUCCGACCUACCAAGAUGCUUUUUCUCUCGCCAAUUGUCUUUUUGCUCUCCCUCUACGUUGGUGUGAUAUAUGGAUAUCUCUAUCUUCUCUUCACCACCAUCAGCAGUGUCUUCGAGGAUCAAUACCACUUCUCGCAAGGAUCGGUUGGUCUAUCGUACCUGGGUAUUGGUAUUGGGUCUAUCCUUGGACUUGUUUUUCUCGGCACAACGUCCGAUCGCUUGCUCAAAUACCUCACAGUGAAGAAUGGCGUCAGCAAACCUGAAUAUCGACUUCCUCCCAUGAUUCCUGGCUCACUCUUCGUUCCCGCUUCUCUUUUUAUGUACGGCUGGACCGCGUACUACAAGACUCACUGGAUUGUGCCAAUUAUUGGAACCUCUUUUCUGGGCGUUGGAAUGCUGAUCUCCUUCAUGACUGUCAGCACUUAUCUAGUGGACGCAUUCACAGUAUAUGCUGCUAGUGCCAUGGCUGCAAACACUGUUUUCCGUUCUCUGGCCGGUUGCUUACUUCCACUUGCGGGACCAAAAAUGUAUGAGAAGCUCGGCUUGGGUUGGGGAAACUCUUUGCUUGGUUUUAUCGCACUUGCGUUGUGCCCGCUGCCGGUUAUUUUCUACGUCUUCGGCGAGCGCAUUAGAACAAGCAAGAAGUUCCAAAUCAACUUAUGA